CUAUUCCCACACACCAUGAACACCAACCGCAUGUACACCCACUUCCUCCUCCCCCAACUCUCCUUCACCAUCCUCUUCUUCCUCAUCUCCCACCCCAUUCCCACCGUCGGAUUCCCAUCCAACGACUCGGAAUUCAUCCGCACUAGCUGCGGCACCACUCUGUACCCUGACCUCUGCUACACCUCCCUGUCCCGCUUCGCCAGUGCCGUCCAGGACAACCCGACUCGGCUCGCCAAGGUCGCCAUCGGCGUCAGCCUCGCCAGGGCCCGCCGCAUUGCUGCCUACGUCUCCAACAUAUCCCGUCAAGCCGACUACGGCGCCGACCCUCGCGCCUCCUCAGCCCUCCACGACUGCUUCUCCAACUUCGGCGACGCAGUCGACGAGAUUCGAGGCUCCCUCAAACAGAUGCGCCAGCUCAGUUCCACUGCAAACUCAAGAGGCGGAUCCUCGUCGUUCCGGUUCCAGAUGAGCAACGUCCAGACGUGGAUGAGCGCAGCGCUUACCGACGAGGAGACCUGUACGGACGGGUUUGAUGACGUGGAGGAUGGGCCCCUCAAGACCGACGUGUCGAACCGGGUUGAGAAUGUGAAGAAGGUUACCAGCAAUGCCCUUGCGCUCGUUAAUAGCGUUGCUGAGAAGGGCGCGCCCUGAUAAAAGUCGAGCCUCCAUCUCUGGUUUUGGUAGUCUUUGGCUGUUGGAGUAGUUGAUUAGUAAGUUAAUCAAUGAAGAUUAGUAGAGAUUUGUAUCAAACUUUACCGUCUGUUUUCUUUGUGUGUUAAUGUUGUUGUAAUAUAUUUUGGUCUAAUUGGUGAUUGUUUUCCA